AUGGAACCGGAUGACCUUUUCUAUAUUUGUGUGUACCAUUGGUUUCGCAAACUGGCACAAAUUAGCGGAUUAGAUAUUUUCCUUGACGACUUCAGACCAACACCGCCUGCUUAUCUUCUAAUUUCUUCUCUAUAUGCACUGUUUCUGAGCUGUGUCUGGACAAUCUACGCAUACCCCUUUGAUGAAAAAUUAAUGUGCGCCACUUUCUUGGCUUUCGGUUGUCAGGGAAUCGUUAAGUUCCAUAGUCUUCUUAACAACCAGAAAGAGAUGAAGGCCCUGUGCGAUUUUAGUCUUAAAGUCUACAGAUCGAAUAAGGAAUCCAGUCACAAUAAAACGCAACUAGAAAAGUCUGUCCACAUAAUUGUUUUCAUUUUCAAAGGCGGCAUUUCGUUCCUCAUUGCAACCGCAAUUUUAACGGCUCUGAAGCCCUUGAUUACUUACUGUUUGAUUGGGAAAGUGGAAACUAUAAUUCCAACAUAUUUCCCGGCGUUGAACGAACAUGAAACUACCGGCUACAUAUGUUAUGCUGUGUUUCACACUUACUUGAUGUUUGCAUUUGCUGUUGGGACUGCGGGAACCGAUUUUGGAUUGAGGGUUCUAGUGCUACAAUCGUACACUCUGUCGCAGAUUUUUCGAAACGCAGUUGAUGAAUUCAACUCAUUGGUUGCAAGAAAUGAACGGGAUGCAAACACCAUAGACGUCCGGACAUCCUUAAGGAAUUUGAUUUUGAUGCACAUUGAUUUUGUGAACUUCACGAAAACGGUGAAAGUAGCGUAUCAUGAAAUCUGUUUCAUUCAAAUUACGAUGGCAAAUACGAUUAUGAUUGUCCUCGUCUACGUUAUUUUAAUUAUGAACUGGUUCCCUGCGUAUUUCUUCAUGGCAACUGCAUUUUUUCAAGUGUUUGAAUUUAGUCUUCUGGGAACUAUUUUCGAAACAGCGAGUAAGGACACGUGCGAAACAAUCUGCAACAUUUCAAUUGUUGAUCUGCCGAUAGCCGAGCAACAGAAUGUAAUUUUUAUGAUAUUAGCUGCUCAGAAUCCACAUUUGCUAACGAUUGGUGGUUUUCAACCGCUGAAUGUUGAAACGUUUGUUGAAGCUUUAAAACGAACAUACUCCGUCGGUAUGUUUUUAAUAAACAUGCAAUUGCAGUAG